ACAACAGCGGUAUGUAUCCGUUACAUGUUUCAGGACUGAAAAGUGUGUGUGUGUGAGUAUGUUGAGAAGCAUGAGAGUGCGUGAGAGAGGUUCAGAAGUUCAUGUAUUUAUUCAUGUAUAUGAUUUUACCAGUACAUAAGGUGUGUUGAUGUGGGUGAGAAGAAGAAGCUAAGUAAGGUGUGUGUGUGUAUGUGUGUGUUUGUGUGUCUAUGGAAAAUCGUAUUGCGUGCACAGUUUGUGCUCUGUGUGUGUCGAAUUCCCCCUGCGGUCAAGGAAGGUGAGUGGAAAUACAAACCAGGUCCCCUGUUGUAAUCAUUAUGAGCACAACAGCAACCCACAAGGGCUGUGUGUGUGUUUGUGUGUGUGUGCGUGUGUGUGUAUAUGUGUGUGUCCAUCACAACCACCUAACUCAGAAUAAAUUAAGCAUUCUGAAUAAGUCUCUCUUGGGUGCAACAACAACAACAAGGCAAAAAGCUGCAGGUUGCUGAUCACCUCCAUGUUUCCUGGGCUGAAUUUCAGCCUCGUCAAUAAUGUGCUGUUACAUCAUCAGAGGCGAGGGAUUGAUGGGCCUCAUGGGAAAGCAGCAGCUGUGUUCAUCAAGACCAUGGAGCAGAUUGUGUGACACCUCCUUGGAUAAAUCAGUUACUAGAGCGGCCUCAGGACAUCCGUAAUCCAUCAUCAGGGCAGCGGUUAAGGUUCUGCACUCCUGACCCAAACGGUGUGGGUUCAAAUCCCAGGAUUACCGGAAAGACAAUGUUUGGAGAUGAUACUUUGCUCUGACUGACAUCUGUUUCACGUCAGCUAUGUAAAGGACAUUUGAUACCUCUUGAAUAAUCUGAAAAUCCAGAGAAACCGGCUGCAUAGCCGUGGAAUGUCCCUCCACGGCAAGUUUUGCUCUCUUGACUGAUGAUGGCUGUGGCAUCACUGGGAUUUCAGUUGUAUAAUUUACUACAGCAGACUCCACUUAGAUUAUGUUUGUUAUGUUAUGAAUUAUAAUAACAGGUAAUAUGGGAUUAUUAUUAUGAUGGUCCACUCUAGCUUGGGUUAAUUAUUAGCCACACCAACCUGUCAUUUAUGGUUUUCCCCAUUUAAAUAAUCAUAAAGGCAGCGUUGGUGUUUGGAGAACAGAGCUGUGGGCCGCUGAUAUCAUUCAGGAGCGCAGUGACGAGUUUCCUGCUUGGAAAUGACCCCCUUCCUGUUGGUUUGGCCUCGGACAGCAGGGAACAGGAUGUGCUCGGCCAUCACAUGGAAAAAAAUAAUACAUGGCCAUGACGAUUGUCGGUCAGUGAGGUUGUCUAGGUGUGGUUUGGUUCCUGAUUUACUCUUUACAUUAUAAAGAAGGAGUUCCGUGUGUGUGUGUGUGUCUGUGUUUGCCGGUUUUUUGGAUCGUCAGUUGCGUUCUGCUCAGCUGUAAUCUUGAACAAUACAUGACCGUGUGUGAACCCUCAGCCAUAUCGACAGCAGGAGUGAUGGACCCCGCAGGAGACGUGAGCGUGCUGCAGUCCUGCGCUACUGAAGACAGCAUCGCUUCUCUGGAGGACCAUACUGCAGAGUCUACAGCCAAUGAAUCAUCAGAGGAGGAGUCUCCCUGUGAGCGGGAAGAGAGCAGUGGCAUCAACACACACACAGAGCCUGCUCCCGUAGCCCCCGUGUCUGCGGCCCCCGUGUCUGCGGCCCCCGUGUCUGCGGCCCCGGGCUCAAGUCUGUGGACAUGGCAGCGGGACAGCGAGGUGAAGCUGAGGAUGGGCGAGUCGGGGCCGGCGGCUGAACCUCCUCUCACCGUGAACCAGCUGUUCACACGCACCGUGGAGCGAUUCGGCGACCGGAUGGCACUCGGCUGGAAAGAAGGAGAGCAGUGGAAGAAGAUCAGCUACAGAGAUUAUUACAGAGACUGCCGCGUCGCCGCCAAGAGCUUCCUCAAGCUCGGCCUGCAGCGCUACCAUGGAGUCGGCAUCCUGGGCUUCAACUCUCCUGAGUGGUUCAUCUCUGACGUUGGAGCCAUCUUGGCAGGAGGUUUCGCUGUGGGCAUCUACACCACCAACUCCCCGGACGCGUGUCAGUACGUCGCUGAGAACUGCCAGGCCAACAUCCUCGUGGUGGAGAACCACAAACAGCUGCAGAAGAUCCUGCAGAUCCAAGACAAGCUGCCUCACCUGAAAGCUAUUAUCCAGUACAAAGAUGCUCUGAAAGAGAAGAAACCAAAUCUUUACUCGUGGGAGGAGUUUAUGGAACUGGGCCGUAACGAGCCGGACGCGCCGCUUGAUGACAUCAUCGCGACCCAGAAACCCAAUCAGUGCUGCACACUGAUCUACACAUCAGGAACAACCGGGCAGCCAAAGGGGGUCAUGCUGAGCCAUGAUAAUUUGACGUGGACGGCGUUUGCGACGGCUCAUACGAUCCACCUGUCAGAAGAGACUCAGGAAGUGGUGGUGAGCUACCUGCCCCUCAGCCACAUCGCCGCCCAGAUGGUCGACAUCUGGAUCACUAUGAGGGUCGGAGGAGCCACGUACUUCGCCCAGCCUGACGCCCUCAAGGGCUCGUUGGUGAACACCCUGCGUGAAGCGCGUCCCACGGCGUUCCUGGGAGUCCCCCGGGUCUGGGAGAAGAUGCAGGAGAAGAUGAAGGCAGUCGGAGCCAAAUCGUCCACCGUGCGCCGGAAAGUGGCUUCCUGGGCCAAGGAAGUGGGUCUGCAAACCAACCUGAGCAAGAUGGAGCAGAACGGCGCGAUGACCCGCACGCCGCUGAACUAUCGCCUGGCCAAGCGUUUAGUGUUCAGGAAAGUGAGGAAGGCGCUGGGGUUAGACCGCUGCGUGCGCUGCUACACAGGCGCCGCGCCCAUCACCAAGGACACGCUGGAGUUCUUCUUCAGCCUGGACAUCCCACUGUACGAGCUGUACGGCAUGAGCGAGAGCACCGGACCACACAGCAUGUCCCUGCCUGAGGCCCUCAGACUCACCAGCUGCGGGAAGGUGAUUGCAGGUUGCCAGACGAAGAUCUUUAACCCCGACUCGGAUGAAAACGGCGAGAUCUGCUUCUGGGGCCGUCACGUCUUCAUGGGCUACCUGAACAUGGCCGACAAGACCGAGGAGGCGCUGGACGCAGACGGCUGGCUGCACUCCGGAGACCUGGGCAAACACGACAAGGACAACUUUCUCUACAUUACAGGACGCAUCAAAGAGCUGAUCAUCACUGCCGGAGGAGAGAACAUUCCCCCGGUGCCCAUCGAGGACGCGGUGAAGGAGGCCGUGCCCAUCAUCAGCAACGCCAUGCUGAUCGGAGACAAGCGCAAGUUCCUCUCCAUGCUGCUCACCAUCAAGUGCCAGUUAAACGGUGACACAGGUGCCCCAGAGGAUGAACUCACCCCCGAGGCUGUGGACUGGUGCAGGAAGUUGGGCAGCUCGUCCACGCGGGUGUCGGAGAUCUGCGGGGGACGCGACCGCCUCGUCCACGCCGCCAUCCAGGACGGCAUUAACAGAGUGAACGAGAACGCCACGUCCAACGCCCAGCGUAUCCAGAAGUUUAUCGUGCUCGAUCAGGACUUCUCCAUCCCUGGAGGAGAGCUCGGUCCCACUAUGAAGCUGAAGAGGCCGGUGGUGCUGAAGAUGUACAAAGAGCAAAUUGAGAACUUCUACAAAGAGGCCGUGACUCCGAGCAACCCUGAGAACCCGCUGCCUCCUAAAUAAACUCCAUACCAAAGGGCAAAGACACACACACACACACAUACCCGCGCCUUCUGUCUGUGUCUGUGUCGCUUCUCAUGUAAAUGACUGUGUGUGUGUGUGUGUGUGUGUGUGUGAUGGAGUGUAACUUUCCCCAUCUGAUGUUUUCCAGCUGAUUCUCUCCUCCCUUUGUGAUUUGUUUUUUUCCAUUAUGCUUUUUUUUUUUUUUUUAAACAUGUGCAAGCGAGAUGCUAAAGAAACACGAGCGACCUCCUGACGAGCCGCUGCCGAGCAGCUUCAUGAAGUUCUUAUCAAGCGUAGUGUCGGUUAUUUAUUUAUUUCCGAGGUGUGACGAAGUUUGUAGGAGAGCCGUAGACUUAGUGCCGAUUCAUCGGGAACGUUCGGGAAUCCGAGCUGCUCAUGUUUACACGAUGGAUCUAUUUAUAAAUUGCUUAUUUAUGGUUUCUGUUUAUGCCAAAGCAGGAAAAUAGAAGGAAAAAAAAGAACGUGUGUAGCUGUAGCCGUGUGUAACUGGAGUGUUUUUCAGUCUCGUCCUGCUCUCAUUGCUCCGGAGUGUGGAAUAAUCAAACCUUCUAGAUUAGCACCAGUUCUGUACACACGUCUGUCUCUGUCUCUCUACAUGGAUGGAUGGAUACUUUGAUGGACAGAGUCACCAUCUUUCUCUGAGAACAUUCCACAGGGUUCUUGCUGACAUCUGGAAAAACUGGGAAUGUGUUAAAUGUAAAGAGACUCGAUUCCAGAUGUACAGAAAUUCAGGAGAAAACAUACCUGAGACGCUGAGGUUCUCCAGACAUUUCCUCCUUCGAUCUGGCACCCUAAAGGGUUUAUCACUUUGCACUGGGGGAAACCUGUGACAUUUCUAUAGAAUCCUACACCACAGAACUUCCAAAAGGUUCCAAGUGCCCCAUUUGGGAUGCUAGAACCGUCACCAAUCCAAAGAACCCUGGAGGAACCUUUGGUGUAGGAUUCUCUAGACGUUGUAUGGAUUCUACUUGGAAAAUAUCUGAAAGGGAAAACCUUUGGAAACUUUCAGAAAGGUUCCAAGUAGAACCUCAUUACAAAGCUGGAACCAUUGAAUAUAUAAAGAACCCUCUAGGAACCUGUCUGAAAGGGGGAAAAAAACCUUUGGUGUAGGGUUUUAUAGAAAUUGUAUGGGAUCUAUUUGGAAAAUUCCUCUUUGGGAAGCUAGAACUGUUACCAAUCCAAAGAACCCUUGAGGAACCUUUGGUGUAGGAUUCUACAGAAGUUGUAUGGAUUCAACUGGGAAAAUUUCCGAAAGGGAAAACUGUUGGAAACUUUCAGAUGUUAAAAGUAGAAUCCAAUUAGGAAGCUAGAACCAUUAGCCAUACAAAUAAACCUCAAAGACCCUUUCUGAAAUGGAAACGUGAGGUGUAGUGCUUUAUGGAAGUUGUAUGGGUUCUACCUGGAAACUUUCUGAAAAGGAAAACCUUUGGAAAUUUUCAGAAAGGUCCCAAGUAGAAACCUAGUUACCCUUGAAAAAUCAUUCUGAAAGGGAAAAACCUUUGCUGAAGUGUUCUAUAAAAAUUGGAUUGGUUCUACUUGGAAACUUUUAGGAAUGUUUCAAGUAGAACCGAACUACAAAUCUGGAACCACCGACUAUAAAAACCCUCAAGGAAAUUUUCAGAAAGGGAAAAUCUUUGGAAACUUUCAGAAAGGUUCCAAGUAGGACCCAGUUAGGAAGCUGGAACCAUUAGCAAUCCAAAGAACCAUUGAGGAACCUUUCUGAGAGGGAAAACCUGUCGUGUAGGGUUCUAUAGGAGUUCCAUGGGUCCUACUUGGAAUCUUUCUGAAAGAAAAGCCUUUGGAAAAUUUCCGGAAAUGUUCCAAGUAGAACCCCUGUAGAAAGACAGAAACAUUAACUAUCCAAAGAACCCUUGAGGAACUCUUUUUUAAAGCGCAGUCUCUUAAAGCUUGUCAUGAAAUGAAAAGUAAAAAAAAAAAAUAUAAAAUGUGAUUUUUUUUUUUUUUAUUCUAGAAAAAUUGAAUGUUUUCUCUGAAUUAAAGAGACGUGUUAAAGGUUAAAGGUUCUAUGUACAACAGUUUUCCUGUCAAAACGGGACACUUUUACGCUAAGAACCCAGACAAUCUAAAAUUGAUCAUCUUUGUUUAAAUCUUCAUGAUGAUUUUUUCCCCCCUGAUUUCUUCCUGUUUGAAGAUGUUGAUGAGGUUCUAAUAAAUGUAAAAGUGUGUGUGUGUGGCAUUGAGAGCAGCGUAGAGAAUGAAAAUCAGUCUGGUUCUCUGACUCUCUGAAUUCAUGCCAGUGAAAACAGCAGGGAUUUUCAGGUCAGAUGAUGUUUUUGCACUAUUUAUUGCCUCUCUCGUGUGCUGCUCUGGUUUCACGGAUCUUUCACCAGCAGCAGAUUUAAAGCCAAGAAAUCACACCAUUUAAGCCAUGAAUAUUUUGUUGCUUUUUUUUUUUUUUUUUCCUUUCAGCCAUGCUCCAAUGUUCAAAUGUUCAUAUGCAGGGUCUGAUUUGUGUUGUUGUUUAUUAUUACUAUUAUAAUAUUGCCUAACAAAUUGUCGUGAACUUGUUAAAUAUUGUAAAUACCUUCAUGCUUGAUUUGUCUCGUGCGUGUGUUUAUCACAUGAGCAACUGAACAGCUGCUCUCACUUCAUUUUAAUAUCGACUUCAAGAAAUGAAACUCGGACAUGACGCAAAUAUGAAGAAUCUGCUUUUGAUAAUUUGGCAUGUGAUAUACAGCAGUGUGGAGGAAAUAAAUCUGUACAGUUCUAAGAGAUUAAAAUCUGACAUACUGAA